AUCAAAUCCAAUUGGUUUCUUCAUUUUCCUUACAUUUUUUGGUAUUUCAAGACUGGAUAAUGGCAACAAGACAGCCCUUUUCCUCCCAGGCUGCGCUUUACAUCUUGCUAGACUAUGCUGAGGAGAAGAAAGAGGAUUUGGAAGCGAUAUAUCAGGCAUUAGAAACCACCCUAACAGUCGGCGCGGGCGUGGUGGGCGGCACCCGAGUCCCCGGCGUGGGCGUGGGCGCGCUGGGACCGCCCUUCAGCCGCCUCCUGAAGAUGACGCCCGUGAGGAACAGCCUGCCGCCCGUCCUCAGCGGCCUGGCUCGGCUGCUCACGGAUCUGCACCCGUCCACGAGCGAUGCCGAUCUGUACGAGGUGAUAGGAAGUGCGCUGGACGCCAUCAUCGUGGACGUCAGCGGGUUCCCUCCUGCACAAACGCAUGCUCUCCAAUUACUUGUAUUAACAUGGGGAGAAGUGCAGGUUCUAACGGAAGUUUUUACAAGUGUACUCACUCACUCCCACGCUCGCUACAUCAGCGCUGUGCACGUAGUAGGCCUGGUGUCGGUGUUGCAAGACAAGAUGCAGGAUGACCUUCCGGCGGGGGACGCGGCAGGGGGUAUAUGGGUGACGGGGGCUUCCUACCCCGCCGAUCCCUUCACGAUGUCGGCUCUCCUCAGGCCGUGGCUGGCAGAAGCGAGUGGAGAGACCGCGCACGUCACUCUCAAGUUGCCCCCAAAACAGAACGGAGACGAAACAGGUCUUACGUUGUUGCUAGAUUUGCAAGAAGUGAUGAUCGACCCCUUGAGUCUUCCGAGCUCCUUGUCAUCCCGCCUUAUUGUUCACCACAACCUCUAUCGUACUGUCUCUACCACACAGGGUCAGAGCGUGCCCAUCGUGGAGCUGGAAGUGGUCAAGAGGUUGCUCUGCACCAAGCUCGCGCCGGCCAUCUUCGGACAGGCCACCUACCUGUUACCCACGGGAGCCACGUCUCUCCCCUUCGACCAGAUCUGGGAAAACAAACAGUACGUGGCAGCCAUCUCCGAGCAACUGGCAGCCAGCGGGGAGGCUCUCUUGGCGCGGGCGUCUUCCACAGGGGCCCUUUUAACGCCCAAGGUGGUUGUUUUGCCGGCGACGCAUUGUGCAGCCCUGUCGAUGGUCCAUUUAGCUCCGGCCGAGUUGAUGUUACCAGAGAGAAACCUGGAAGUCCUUUACGACCUGCCAGAUAAGAUGAAUAAAGACAUUGAAAAAUGUUUGAGUUCUCUGGAAGUGACAGAGCUGCAGAUAGAGGACCAGGCGACGGCUCUUGUCCCGGCCCUAAUCCAGCACUUGACGAAGACUCCCAGGAACACAGGAGGCUCUCGCAGCCUGCAGAGUAACAGGGUGACGCCACAGCCCACCUCUGCCAUGAAACCUCAACACCCUGCUUUCGCCAGUGAGAGAGGCCGUGCAACAAGUGGGCGCGGGGCUCGAGGGGGGGCUGCUGGAGGCCGAGGUGGGGGUGUUGGAGGCCGAGGUGUUGGUUUUGGAGGCCGAGGUGGUGGUUUUGGAGGCCGAGGUGGGGGUGUUGGAGGCCGAGGUGUGGGUGCUAGAGGCCGAGGUGGGGGUGUUUGUGGCCAAAGUGGGGCUGCUGGAGGAAGAGGUGGGAGUUUUGAAGGUCGAGGUGGAGGUGCUGGAGGCCGAGCUGGGGGUACGAGUGGGAGUCGCAUCGGGCAAGAGGCAGUCCAGAACCACCACAGGAACAGAUUUAGUUUUGUUUAGCUUGCAUCGCCAUCAUUCUCUCUGAUCAUUUUCAUUAUGAUAUGAGGCUGGUUUGUUUGUUUGUUUUUGUGUAAUACAAUUUUCUGAGAAAUGUUUCUUUCUUGCAUUAAUUUUGAUGAUAUAUAUUUUUGUCUUGUAAGCGGAUGAAAUAAAAUCUUAUGUUCAUUUCUUUAUCAGUCGGAUGGCUGAUUUGUAGAUGAGG